AUGCCUCAGGUCCCAUUCAUUGGACGGCUGCACCCGUUGCAGUACGUCUACCUCCUCGGCAGCUUCGUCCUGAUCGCUCUCGAGGCGUUCAUUCGCAUAAUCACCCUUGCGCUCCCCGGUCCUAUCAUCCACCUGUUCUACCGCGCGUCGCGCAGGUCCUUCAACUACCUGUCGUCGCCGCAAGGUCGUCGCUCGCGCAACAAGAAGAAGGGUCUCGUCACCUCCAUCGCCCAGGCCGCCGAUUUUGUCGAACUCGCCGAGCUCUUCGGGUACUACGCCGAGGAGCACAUCGUACAGACCGGAGAUGGAUAUCUGCUGGGAUUGCAUAGAUUGGCGUAUAGACGCGGAGAGGAGGACCAGAGAGUGAACCACGGGCCGAACAGCAUCCAAAAGCGCGUCGUCUACCUGCACCAUGGCUUGAUGAUGAACAGCGAGGUCUGGCUGUGCCUGACCGAGAAGGAGAGAUGUCUUCCGUUCAUGCUCGUUGAGCGCGGCUACGAUGUGUGGCUUGGCAACAACAGAGGCAACAAGUACUCGAAGAAGUCAACCAGAGACGCUCCCACCGACAACCGCUUCUGGAACUUUUCCAUGGACCAGUUCGCUUUCCACGACAUUCCGGAUUCCAUCGAUUACAUUCUCUCUACUACCGGCCAGGAGUCGCUUUCUUAUGUCGGAUUCUCGCAGGGAACCGCUCAGGCCUUCGCUGCUCUGUCGAUUCACCCGACGCUGAAUGAGAAGGUCAAUGUCUUUGUCGCUCUUGCACCCGCCAUGUCUCCCAAGGGCAUGAGCAGCGGCAUUGUCGAUACGCUCGUUAAGUCCUCUCCCGACGUUCUUUUCCUGGCCUUCGGACGGCGCGCUAUCCUUACCAGCACGACCAUGUGGCAGAGCAUUCUCUACCCGCCAAUCUUUGUACGGCUGAUCGACGGUUCGCUCUCAUUUCUGUUUGGCUGGACGGCGAAGAACAUCUCUGCGCAUCAAAAACUCGCCGCGUAUCCGCAUCUCUACUCGUUCUCCAGCGUCAAGACGGUUGUGCAUUGGUUCCAGAUCAUCCGGAACGGCACCUUCCAGAUGUACGAUGACGAAAUGCAGGCUCCCAUGAGGAUCUCAAACGACGCAAAAUACUACAAGGUCCCCAAGUUCCCAACGCGCAACAUCAAGACGCCUAUUGUGCUCGUCUAUGGUGGAAGCGAUAGUUUGGUUGACAUCAACAUCAUGCUCAAGGAACUGCCCAGGCAUACAGUAGCUGAGGAGAUUCCUCACUACGAGCAUCUCGACUUCCUGUGGGCUAACAAUGUUGAGGAGCUUGUCUUCCCACACGUCUACGCCGCUCUCGAUAAAUACGCCGGCCCUGGUAGCAGUCCGAAGCUCGGUCCCUAUAAAAUCCACACGCCGUCUAACACCGUCCAGAUCCAUCCAACGGCCUCCUUAUCAGAUGACGAUGAGAGCCCCCGGUCCACACGCAAAAUCUCCGAAAACGUGCCCUCUGGAGCAUCAUCAGCUCCAGCUAGCGGCACGCAAUCGUCACCCUUUCUCGAACCUCGCAAGCAUCAAACCUCAACACUUGGUUCCCCCGUUCAGCUCAGAGGUUCUGGAGGCUCUUUCCGGCCGCAGCGCGUCGCGUCAGCUCCUCUCGGUGGCUCGCUGGAGCGAAGACCUCCGUCUGAAGGAGGCUCGCAUAUCGAAUCGCACAUGUCUCACAAGUCAGAUGCAUCGCGUCCAGAGGGCUGGUGGAGUUCAGACGAGGUUGGGGGGACGGACUCGAGUCCCCCGCCUCCUGCCACAAGCCCCGGCCGUGGGAGUUUCAGCAGCUUAAUAAGCCAAGGCAAGCCCGAGACGAAGUUUGGCUCGAAGGGAAUCACUCUUGGUGCGGGAAAAGCGGUAGGAGGUCUGGUCAGCGGAAGCGGGACAGGGACGGUCGGAACAGUCGGAGGAGAAUCAAGUUCAAAAAAGAAGGGGAGCAAGAAGAAGAAGUAG